UAAAACCUAAUCGGGGGUGUAUUGUUGACAUUUUUUAAAAAGUUAAGAGGUUAUUUGGAAUUUCAACUUUAGACUUUGAACUGUUUAUUUGAUUAUUUUCCGUUUAUUAGCCAGGUGUCUCCUUCAAAAACCACCAUUCUUACGUCCAGUCUUGUCAGAAAAGGUGUUUAUUUAAUUAGUUUCUCAGCUAUAUCCUUUAUUUUAAAAUGGCUAGCUUAGGAGUUCUACGAAGGAGCUUUUCAACUACCUCUUCCAGAAAUGUUAUCAAAAACGUUACAGUUAUCGGAGGCGGUCUUAUGGGAUCGGGAAUAGCCCAGGUAGCAGCCCAAAGCGGUAACAAUGUAACUCUUGUUGAAGUCAAUGCAGACAUCCUUAAGAAAGCUGAGGCAAGUAUAGCAACAAACUUGGGUCGUGUAGCAAAGAAAUUGUACAAAGAGGAUCCAAAUGCGGCUAAGAAGUUUGUUGAAGAAGCCAGCAGCCGUAUAAAAGGCUCAACUGACCCUUCAGAGGCUGUAAAAGACUCUGAUUUAGUUAUAGAAGCUAUUGUAGAGAAUAUUGGCAUUAAACAUAAAUUAUUUAAAUCUCUGGACGAGGCUGCCCCACCAAAAACACUGUUUGCUUCCAACACCAGCUCAUUAUCGAUUGGAGAGAUAGCUUCAGUUGUUAAAAGAAAGGACAAAUUUGGUGGUUUGCAUUUUUUCAAUCCAGUCCCCGUAAUGAAACUGUUGGAAAUUGUCCGAAUCCCUGAACAAUCCGAGGAAACUUACCAGGCUUUUGUGGCAUGGGGCAAAUCCAUUGGAAAGACUUGUGUGACUUGCAAAGAUACUCCUGGGUUUAUCGUGAACAGGUUAUUGGUGCCUUAUAUCGCUGAAGCUGUAAGAAUGUUGGAAAGGGGUGAUGCAUCCCCAAGAGACAUUGACACAGCAAUGAAACUAGGAGCAGGAUAUCCAAUGGGGCCCAUUGAACUGGCUGACUACGUGGGACACGACACAACCCUGUCCAUUCUACAGGGCUGGCACGAUAAAUACCCCGACAAUCCCUUGUUCGUGCCGUGCGAUUCGCAAAGGCAACUGGUCCAAGAGAAAAAAUUGGGAGUCAAAACUGGAGAAGGAUAUUAUAAAUACAACAAGUAAUCAUGUUUAACGUUAAAAUAUUCAACGUUUUUUGGGUGCUGAAAUUUAUAGACUUAAGUUUUAAAUCAGUUUCAUCUUUUUCUUUAAUUUUUUUUUGUAAAGAAAAAGAGAAAUAUUUUUUAUUAACACAAGACUUUUUAUAUACCUAUACAUUUUAUAUUUCAUAUUGCAAUAUAACUUGUAAGAUUAUAUUUU